AUGGCGCCCGCCCAGCACGGCACAUAUGCGGCAUACGUCGACGAUGCCAACGAGGAUACUGGCAGCUCCAUCGAGGGCACCAGAAUUUAUGCCGUCGCCGACGACUUUCCACCAUCCAAAAAUCGACCCAACGUCGGUAGCAGGAUCAUGACAGGCUCCUCCUCCAAACGCGCCAGCUUGACCGAGUCCGACUCGGCUCGCUCCUCCCACAAGAGCUCCGACAAACACAGAGAUUCAGACGCCCGCCGCGAAAGGGCUCGCCAGACCGACUGUCGCAGGUCCUCUCUCCAGUACGAGAGUGAUCGCGAGCGCGAGCAUCAGCGCCUCCGCCACGAGAGAAAGACGCGCGAGUCCGAGGCUCGCCGCUCUCAGGGCCAUUCCCCCAAGGAAUCCUCCAAAAAGACGAGGCCUGCCGUUCAGCAUGGUCCUCCUCUCUCCAUGGCUCGAGGCGUAUCUGAUGAAUACCCGCGCUACGUUUAUCAGCAACCUGCUGCGCCCGCUUCCCGCCCUCGCCCUGCCUCGAGGUCUGCCACCUACUAUGACGGACAGCCAUUCCCUCCUCCGCCGCCGCCACCGGGCAUGGUCUGGCAUCACCCUCCUUUUCCGCCUGGUCACUUUCCGCCUGGUCCUCACGGUCCUCCCAUGCCUUUUCCUCCUCACUUGCAUGACAUGUCUCCUCGCAUGCCUCCGCCUUCGCCUAUGGGCAUGGUUCCCCCUGGCUACUUUGUUGGUCCUCCCCACCCUGGUUACAGUGACCAUCUCAAGGCUAGGUUCGAGUCGAGACCUCCCUCCGCCAUGGGUGCCCUCGGUGGCCCCGAGCGUAUUCCUCCAGGCUAUAGCCCAGAUGAAUAUAGCGACGAGUCGGCACCUAAUACCAUGCGCCGUCCCUCGCGCCCAUCCAGAGCUGAAAGUGAUCGCAGAAUGAUGCCGCCUCCCGACCGUAUGCCCCAGCGCACCAUGUCCGCUGCCCCACAGCACAACGGUCCCUACCGUCCACCUCCUGGCCGCCCCCAGGUAAGCCAGCAGCCUCGAAGGCCAUCUGCCAGCAGGCACUCGGUCAACUAUGGUGAUGAUUACGACUAUCAAGAGUAUGAUCCCGGCCACGAGCUGUUCCAAGACAUGUCUCCUGAGCCCUCUUAUCGGCAGAGGCGCUACAUAGACCCGGCACGGCCCAGGCGUGGCUCACACUACGAAACCGUUGACAUCAUUCCGGCCGGGCGGCGUAACCGCAAGGCCCCCGCCUACGGUGGACCGCCUCGUGCUGCCGCCAAAUACGAGGCCCAUUACGCAGACUCCAAGAUUCGAGAUGCUCAGGAUUAUCAGGAUGCUGUCACUGGCGGACCCAAGAUGCCGCUCACCGCCGAGAUGCUGCAAAAGGCAACUCGCGGUAACCCUGGCAGUCAGUCCACGCGCAGUAGCGGCAGCCGUGAUGAUAGUGAGUAUCGUCGCAGCUACACCACGGGCAUCACACGCUCAUCAUCAAACAACGGCACAGACGACGUCACCAUCAAAAUCGGCGAAUCUGAACUCAAAUUUAAGGGCGGAGCGGAUAUUACCUUUAGUUCUCGGGGUCACGCGCAGCAGAUUCGAUCUGGCAGUGACAAGUCGAGCACCGUCUUUCAACUCGAGGACGGUCGUGACCAAGAACGAGAGCCGCAGCGUAUGACUCUUCCCCAUCGGAUUCGCGCACCAAGCCACUCGGAACACCGGCCCCGUGGAUACACGUCUACAGCCUACUCGCCUUAUGAGUACGUCGAAGGGAGCAAUUACGUUUGA